UACAAUCAAUCCAUUCCUCCAAAGCACAAAAACACAAGGCCAUUAUUUCUCACCCUGCUUUUCUCGACGAGGCUCUCAAUUGCAAGCAAAAGGAGCCUAUACAAUGAGGCUGCUGAAAGUAGCGACCUGUAAUUUGAACCAGUGGGCGAUGGAUUUCGACGUCAAUUUGACCAACAUCAAGGAAUCCAUCGCCGAAGCUAAGGACGCCGGUGCCGUCAUUCGCCUCGGUCCCGAGCUCGAGAUCACCGGCUAUGGCUGUGAAGACCAUUUCUUGGAGCUCGACACUGUUAACCACGCAUGGGAAUGUUUGAGAGACUUACUGGUUGGAGACUGGACUGAUGGAAUAUUGUGUAGCUUUGGCAUGCCUGUGAUCAAAGGCUCGGAGCGGUAUAAUUGUCAAGUCCUUUGUUUGAACCGAAAGAUCGUCAUGAUUCGGCCCAAAAUGUGGCUUGCCAAUGAUGGGAAUUACAGAGAACUUAGAUGGUUCACGGCUUGGAAACAAAAAGACCAACUCGUUGACUUUCAGCUGCCCUGUGAAAUUUUCGAGGCUUUGGGACAGAAGUCUGUGCCCUUUGGUUAUGGUUACAUUCAAUUUCUGGACACAGCUGUUGCAGCUGAAGUUUGUGAGGAGCUCUUUACUCCGUGUCCCCCCCAUGCUGAGCUGGCAUUGAAUGGGGUUGAAGUGUUCAUGAAUGCAAGUGGGAGUCACCACCAAUUAAGAAAGCUUGAUGUUCGUCUUCGUGCUUUUAUAGGUGCUACUCACACUCGCGGUGGGGUUUACAUGUACGGCAAUCACCAAGGAUGUGACGGGGGACGUCUCUACUACGAUGGAUGUGCUUGUGUCGUUGUAAAUGGAGAUUUAGUUGCUCAAGGCUCACAAUUUUCUUUGAAAGAUGUUGAGGUUGUCGUUGCCCAAGUAGAUCUAGAAGCGGUUGCUAGUCUUAGGGGAUCUAUAAGUAGCUUCCAAGAGCAAGCAAGCUGUAAAACCACAGUUGCUUCAGUGAUGGUUCCAUACAAGCUGUGUCAGUCCUUUAACCUGAAAAUGUGCCCUUCAAGUCCACUUAAGAUUAAUUACCACUGUCCUGAGGAAGAAAUAGCCUACGGUCCUGGUUGCUGGUUGUGGGACUACUUACGAAGAAGUGGAGCUUCUGGUUUUUUGCUUCCUCUUUCUGGUGGAGCAGAUAGCUCCUCUGUAGCUGCUAUAGUUGGCUGUAUGUGCCAGCUAGUUGUUAAAGAAAUUGCAAAUGGGGACGAGCAAGUUAAAGCUGAUGCUGUAAGGAUUGGCCAUUAUACUGACGGGCAGUUUCCUACCGAUAGCAGAGAGUUUGCAAAACGCAUAUUUUACACAGUAUUUAUGGGAUCAGAAAACAGUUCUGAAGCCACAAGGUCACGGGCAAAGGUGCUGGCAGAUGAGAUUGGCUCAUGGCAUCUCGAUGUUCCCAUAGAUGGUGUUGUGUCAGCACUUUUAUCUUUGUUUCAAACUGUCACUGGGAAACGGCCACAAUACAAGGUGGAUGGAGGAUCAAACACUGAGAAUUUGGCUCUGCAAAACAUUCAAGCUCGCAUUAGAAUGGUGCUAGCUUUUAUGUUAGCGUCACUCUUGCCUUGGGUUCAUGACAAACGUGGGUUCUAUCUUGUGCUGGGUAGCUCUAAUGUGGAUGAAGGUUUGCGCGGUUAUCUAACAAAGUACGAUUGCAGCUCUGCAGAUAUAAAUCCAAUUGGAAGUAUUAGUAAGCAAGAUCUCCGAGCAUUUCUACGAUGGGCUGCCAUCCAUCUUGGUUACUCGUCCUUGGCAGACAUCGAAGCAGCUCCACCGACUGCAGAACUGGAACCUAUACGUUCCAACUACUCUCAGCUGGAUGAAGUGGACAUGGGAAUGACAUACGAGGAACUCUCAAUCUAUGGAAGGUUACGGAAAAUCUUCCGCUGCGGUCCUGUAUCCAUGUUCAAGAAUCUUUGCUACAGAUGGGGUGCAAGGUUGACGCCGUCAGAAGUUGCUGAGAAAGUGAAACACUUCUUCAAGUACUAUUCCAUUAACCGGCACAAAAUGACUGUUCUGACACCUUCUUACCACGCCGAGAGCUAUUCCCCCGAGGAUAAUCGGUUCGACCUACGCCAGUUCCUUUACAAUGCAAGAUGGCCGUACCAGUUCCGAAAGAUUGACGAGCUUGUACAUGAGUUGGAUGGUGAGAAAAUUCAUUUGGAAGAACCAAGUGAGCACGAAACGUUGGGAGUCACUUCACAUGGUGGUGGGGGAAUGGGAGUUGCCGCAGCAGGCUCAGGCAAUCCAAAUGUUGGAUUUUAAUUUAGAAUAAAACAAAAACAAAACUAGAAUAAAAAAGUCAAGUCAGUGAUGGCCAAUAAAGCCCAUGUGUUUCAGUUUUUGGUGACGCUAUUUUGUUCAUUUUACAAAUUAGUGUGAUCCAAAAUUAGUGUUAAUUUGCAUUAGUGGAAGGUUAUUCUAACCAAGUUACUCCCGUUGCCAAGAGGGGAGCUGCCCCGACCCAAAUGGCCUGGGGUUGAAGCUUCACAUUAACAAGCAUGUGAAAGGAAACCAUUCUUAUUAUAACACAAUUUCGGUAUA